AUGUUCGGCGCCUCGUCUCUCCCCAGAUUAGCGGGCCUGCUGUGCCUUAGUGCCAGCGUCGCCCAGGCCGCGCUCCAGACCGGCAAGUGCGAAAAUGUGCGCUUCGAGAACAAGCCGCGCACCUUCGUCAUGACCGACAUCUCGAACGAGCCCGACGACCAGAUGAGUCUGGUUCGCCUCCUGACCCACUCCAACGAGCUGGACAUCAUCAACAUCGCCGCCGUCACUUCCGUCUGGAAGAACGACUCGAUCGACACACCCUCCAUUUUCGGCGUCAUUGGCGGCUUCGGCGACGUCCGCGAUAACCUUAACGCCAACGUCCCCGAGGCUGGUGUUUAUCCCACUGCUGAGGAGAUCGCAGCAAAGGUCGUCGUCGGCCACUCCGUAUACGGCCUGGCAGCUCUGAAGGAGUCUACCCCCAGCAACGCCUCGACUGCCCUGAUCGCAGCCGCUGAUGCAUCCGAGGAGCCUCUCUGGGUUCUCGCCUGGGGCGGUGCCAACGUCCUCGCCGAGGCCCUCAACCAGGUCAAGCAGGAGCGUACUGAGGAUGAAGUGGCCGCUUUCGUGAGCAAGCUCCGCGUCUACGCCAUCUCUGACCAGGACAACUCCGGCCCCUGGAUCCGCUGGAACUUCCCCACCCUCUUCUACAUCGUCUCCAUCCACGGCUUCAGCGAGUACUCCAUUCCCACUUGGAUCGGCAUCUCCGGCGAAGCUCUCCGCCCCUUCGACAAGGGCGGUCCGGACUCGAGCCUCGUCACCAACGACUGGCUGCAGGACAACAUCCGCAUCGGCUCGCUGGGCUCGCACUACCUGAACUGGUCGUACAUCAUGGAGGGCGACACGCCGUCCUUCCUGGGCCUGCUGCCCAACGGCCUCAACGCCCCCGAGCACCCGGAGUGGGGUGGCUGGGGCGGCCGCUACAUCCUGGCCGACGCGUCGGGCGAGACGGCCACCUACAGCGACGCCUCCGACUUCGCCAUCGGCCUCAACAACGACACCUUCUUCUCCAAGUACGCCUCCAUCUGGCGCUGGCGCUCCGCCUUCCAGUACGACUUCGCUGCCCGCAUGCAGUGGUCCGUCAACGCCGACCCGGCUGACGCCAACCACCACCCCGUCGCCGUCGUCAACGGCUCGUGCGGCCUCGAUGCCCUCGAAGUCGAGUACAAGCUCGGCGAGUCGGUCGUCCUGGAUGCUGGCGAGUCGUGGGAUCCUGAUGGAGAUGACCUCAGCUUUGAGUGGUGGCACUACCGUGAGCCGUCUAUGAGGCUGGAGGGUGAUAUCCCCCGUGUCUCGCCUAACGUGACUUUCACGCCGUUGGAUGAGAGUGGCAGCCUCGUUGAGGUUACGCCGAACGACAACUUGACGAUCCAUGUCAUCCUUAAUGUCCAGGAUGCACGCCCCAUGAACUUGACGGCGUACAGGAGAAUCAUCUUCAAGCCUACUGCUUGA